AUCAAAAUGUUACAUGAAAUGCUGUACAGCAGUCAAAGUAUAUUAUGUCAACAUUAUUACCUUUAUCAGCCAAACUUGUAAACUCAUCAAAAAGAGAUAUCAUUAAUUUGACAGGAUCUGUUUUCCAUAAACCUGUGUUGAUUUGCAUUAAUUACAUUACCCUCCUUUAAUUCCUUAUUAACUGAAUCCCAUAUCAGCCAUUUCAUUAUCUUGCCUGGGAUCAAUGUCAGGCUUACAGGGCUAUAAUAACCUGGAUCAUUCCAAUUAACUUUGUUAAAAAUUGGUAACUUACCUACAUUUCUGUCCCUCUCCACAUAUGAAUGGGCCCUACUGGAAUAAUUUAGAGAAAAUCUCUUUGGUAUAUUGACCGGGAUUUUCAAAGGAGCAGGUGCCCAUAUCCCAGUUAAUAGUCUGCUUUGCAAAUCGCAGCUAUUAUCUUUAUGUCAUCAACAUAUAUCUUUCAAAAUAGACAAGACUAAAGGAUCCAUACACACAAACUAUUUAACACUAAUUACAAGCAUCCAAUAGAUUGUCCUGGGGGGGGUGUGGGAGGAGGCAUAUGAAAUAACAUAAUUACACUAGAAAUGCUAUAUCAGCACAGCUGCAGCUCUGCCACUGAAGUGCUGUAGGGCAGAGUCCUGCUACACCAUGGAUCUAGCAGUGUCUCCACCAGGGCAUAGGUUGGCUUAAUUACAUUCCUCAUGCAUGAAAUUUUUCACAGAUGUGAGAUGUAGUUAAGCUGAUCUAACUUUGUAGCAUAGACCAGCUCUAUAUCCCCUUUAAUCAAGAAUCCUGGCAAAGGCCAGUCCUGUUAAUACAGCGAUGAGAAGACCUCGGUACAGUGUGUGGGAUGUACAUCUGCCCCCGCCACAUGUACUCCAUGAAAAACCAUUACAUGAUGCUGAGCAAUUUCUAGUUUAUAUAAUAGUUGGGCCUAAUCAACAAGCAAAUUGGAAUGUUAAUAUUUUACACCCACUUCACUUGCAUUUGUAAAUGAUUGCACAAAGAUGCAAGAUAUGGGGGGAAAAGGCACAAUAUAUUUAUGUUUAUUACGUGGGCAGUGUAAGAUUGAUGAGUUCCUUAGCUUCAUUUCCUUGCUAUUCAAUGCUUCACCUUUCUAAAUGAUGUACAUGACUGUCACGUAGCAAUUUUACCAGACUGAAACUUUUUUUCAGAGCAAUUUAGACUCUGAAGUGGGCCAGCACUAGAGAGAGAGAGAAACAAACAGGCGUCUAGGUACCAUCUUGCUUUCACCAAACAUCUUUUCCAAAUAGGAUCUUAUUUUAAAUAAAUGGACAUUCUUAUCAUAUUUAAAACUAAAUAGAGAAUGAAAGUUCUUUUCCUCCAGAACCAUUCCCUAAUUCCCUGAUCAAUGAGGGACACUUGUCAAUAAUUGCUCCGCACUGGACAAUAGCCUAGGACAGGCGAGAGAAGCCAUUUCUGCAGAGGGUGUCUUUCUGCCCUCAAAAGAUGCUGCCCUUAUGUCAGGGAAGGAGGAAAGGCAGGAGGAAGCAUUUUGCUGCCACAGUCACCUUCAUAUGUCAGAAGUUGCUACUCCAGCAUCAGGGCACAAGAAAAGGUGAGGGGAAGCAAUUUAUGGCAGGAUUCCCUCUCAUCCAUCACCGAUUUCUACACCUGUGCCACAGAAUUAAAAGGAAAUGCUUUCGAGGGAACACAAAAUGAUUCGUAGCUAAUUUCCGAUUUUGCUACCAACAGCAAAAUCUAUAGGGAGGCAAUUUUCUGAUUCUACAUCACCCCCCUUACCCCAGCUGAUUCAGACCAUUCAUUACAUUGAAGGAGGCGCAAUGUGACCUUUUUCCUGUAUAUUUCACCAAGCAGAUGGAGAUUUCCACUUCAGUGUCCUCAGGCAAAACCAGAAGCAAACAAAUAAGCAAUAAACCCUCCCACAUGAUUUGCCUGGGACCAGGUUCUUGAAGAAUAAAAAUGUCAGUCCGCCACUGCAGCAGCCACUGAAGUUGUUAAUUUCAGGUUUCCAGAGGGAAGAAGGCGGGGGGAAGAGAACUAGAAACAGCUGAAUAACGUGAGAUGUUUCCCUGCAUGAUCAUAUUAGACCUUUACCGAGAGCCACGGAGCACAGGGGAGUAUAGACACAGGGGUUGUGCAGCAGAUCUUGCACAGCUGCUUUUUUGCUGUUGCUGUUUUUCUGUCCAGAGCGCGCGCACACACACCGGGAAGCCAACCAGGGAGGAGGAGGAGGAGGAGGAGGUGAUUGUCAUUUCAACGGGUUUGCAUUUCAGGUGUGUAUGAGAGUCUCGUCUUCUGCAUUAGGACCCAGGGAGAAUUGCUCUAUUCAGAGACCAAUGCGCCUGCGCCGUCUUGAAGUGUCCGGAGACCGGGCUGGCUGGACUGAGCCGCUGGUUCCCUGCUGGCACCCAGCCUCCAGCACCACCUGCGAGCUCAGGGCUGGCGGCCGUGGGGUUGGGGACUGAUCUCCGCGUCACCAGCACAAGCCACCCGAGGCAGCAGUGUGAGAGAGCCCGGCUGGAUCUCCUGCUGCUGCCUGAGCCGCGGCGGAUGGAGGAAUAAAGGGGCUUUACCACCGCUGCUAUUUCCCCCCCCCUUUGCAGUCCCUCCACCUUCUGCAUAGCAGCAACCCCCCCCAAAGCUCAGCCGGGGAGCUGGAGCUCUGUGCGCAGCGCUGUCCAUUCAGCACUAAGCCCGGGCAGCCCCUGGGAAGCACCGCUCCGUGUGAUCCCUCCUUCAGCAGCAGAGCAAGGACAGGCAAAGCCAGCUUGCAGGUACCGGGGCGCCUGCCGCUGCCGGCAGGACUGCUGCAGAAUGUGAUGUGAAUCAACAAGGAGAGAGCCGAGAGGGAAUCCCCUGCCGGAUCCGUCGCUUUUGUCUGGAUUCAAGAUCUGCAGUUGAGGAUUUUUUGUCCCCCUUCUGCUCCUUCUAUAUUUCGGUAGCUUCACCUUCGCCCGCAAAGAAUUGGGGAUUUUUUUUUGGGGGGGGGGUUACAAUCAGGAUCGCUGCUUCUUGAUCUCCCCAACGGCAGCUACCUCCGCUUCUGUCUGUCUCUGAAGGACUUAAAGUCGAGAGAGAUUUAAAAAAAAAACCAAGCCUUCAUCAAUAGAUCUGGUUUGUGGCUACGGCUGGGCGAUAGCCGCCCACUCCAGCCCUCAUUGUGUGUCUGUCUGUCUGCGAUCCCCUUAUACCCUUCCCCCCCCCCGUUUGUUUUUGCCACCAUCAUCAGCCCCCGCCCACUUCCCAACUAAGAGGUUCCUUGAACAGAUGUGCAGCCCUGGAUUCUUUUUUGGCCACAUCUAACUAAGGAAAGAACCUCCCCCUGCACCAUACCUAGGUACCUGGCAGAUCUUUGCGACUGCUGUUCUUGGGGAGCGGGUGUUCUCUCCUCUCCAAACCCUGGCUUAAAAUACAACAGCACAAGAGUUUUUAACUGCAAAUAAAAGGAAUCUUAGGACUGCCAGCAUUAAUUUUCAGGGGUGCCCUUGGGCUUGUAGCAUUUGGAAGAAGAGGCACAAGGGGCUGACACCAGUUGGGUGCCCUUUGCCUAGGUGAUUCCUGACCAGCUGGAUAAUUAUCAGUUUAGGUAUCGAUUGCAGUCAAGAAGCCGCCCCCUUAUGUGCUUGCUGUGUGCUGUGCUUCCUUGCAUGAGUCUGCGACAUGCCUAAUAAGAGACGAGAUGGGCCAGGGCGACGAGAGCGAUCGCAUCGUGAUCAACGUGGGAGGGACUAGGCACCAGACUUACCGCAGCACCCUGCGCACCCUGCCCGGCACUCGGCUGGCCUGGAUCGCUGAGCCCGAUGCCCACAGCCACUUUGACUAUGACCCACGCACAGACGAGUUCUUUUUCGACCGGCACCCGGGCGUCUUUGCCCACAUCCUGAACUACUACCGCACAGGCAAGCUGCACUGCCCAGCGGAUGUGUGUGGGCCUCUGUAUGAGGAGGAGUUGGCCUUCUGGGGCAUUGAUGAGACCGAUGUGGAGCCCUGCUGCUGGAUGACUUACCGCCAGCACCGGGACGCCGAGGAGGCACUUGACAGUUUUGGUGGGGCACCACUGGAUAGCAGUGCUGACGACGGAGAUGCAGAUGGCACCGGAGACUCUGGGGAUGGCGAGGAAGAGCUGGAGAUGACUAAACGCCUGGCACUCAGCGACUCACCAGAUGGCAGGUCCGGGGGCUUUUGGAGAAGGUGGCAGCCCCGAAUCUGGGCACUUUUUGAGGACCCCUAUUCCUCCAGAUAUGCAAGGUACGUGGCAUUCGCCUCCCUCUUCUUCAUUCUGGUCUCCAUCACCACCUUCUGCCUCGAGACCCACGAGAGAUUUAAUCCCAUCGUGAACAAAACAGAGACUGAAUUCAUUGGCAAUGACACCCACGUGCGACACUACAGGGAAGCGGAGACCGAGGCCUUUCUGACCUACAUUGAAGGCGUCUGUGUGGUCUGGUUUACAUUUGAGUUCCUGAUGAGAAUCACUUUCUGCCCAAACAAGGUGGAAUUUAUCAAAAACUCUUUGAACAUCAUUGACUUUGUGGCCAUUCUGCCUUUCUAUUUGGAGGUUGGACUCAGUGGCCUGUCUUCCAAAGCUGCUAAGGAUGUCCUGGGCUUCCUACGAGUAGUCCGGUUUGUGCGAAUUCUGAGAAUUUUCAAGCUGACCCGCCACUUUGUGGGGCUGCGGGUCCUGGGACAUACUCUCCGUGCCAGCACAAAUGAAUUCUUGCUGCUCAUCAUAUUCUUGGCAUUGGGCGUCUUAAUCUUUGCCACGAUGAUCUACUAUGCUGAGAGAAUAGGUGCUAAACCCAAUGAUCCUAGUGCCAGUCAACAUACACACUUUAAAAAUAUCCCCAUCGGCUUUUGGUGGGCUGUUGUCACCAUGACUACCCUGGGCUAUGGAGACAUGUAUCCUCAGACUUGGUCAGGCAUGCUGGUGGGGGCUCUCUGUGCUCUUGCAGGCGUGCUGACCAUUGCCAUGCCUGUCCCCGUCAUUGUGAACAAUUUCGGAAUGUAUUACUCCUUAGCUAUGGCUAAGCAGAAGCUACCAAAGAAAAAAAAGAAGCAUAUCCCGAGGCCACCCCAGCUGGGAUCCCCCAAUUAUUGUAAAUCUGUCGUAAACUCUCCACACCACAGUACUCAGAGCGACACAUGCCCACUGGCCCAAGAAGAAAUUUUAGAAAUUAACAGAGCAGAUUCGAAACUGAAUGGUGAGGUGGCCAAGGCGGCGCUGGCAAAUGAAGACUGUCCUCACAUAGACCAGGCUAUAACGCCUGAUGAGGGCCUGCCCUUUACCCGCUCUGGCACUCGGGAGAGAUAUGGACCCUGCUUCCUCUUAUCAACCGGGGAAUAUCCCUGCCCGCCUGAUGGAGGAAUAAGAAAGGAUCUUUGCAAAGAAAGUCCUGUCAUUGCUAAAUAUAUGCCAACAGAGGCAGUCAGAGUGACUUGACAAGGCGAGAUGGAGAUGAACAUCGAUGGCUAAUAAACAUCUGUGUGGAACUGUGCAGGCAUAGAAGACCUCCUCAUUUGGACAAAGUUAACUUGCUCCAUGCAGGUUUUAAGGAUGAUUCUGUGUGGUUUCAGAGUUGUACUAGAGAUGCAGGCUUUUUCUACGGCCAAAAUGUAACAAAACUGUAGAAGAUCUCUUCUUCCUUUCUUUUUUGUUUUGUUCAUAGCAUGAAUUGCAUGAAGUAAACAAAAACUGCAAUUGUAUGAUUAACUUUAGGGGGGGGAAAGAAAGUUAUAUAUUUUCUUUGAAAGCUCUUUACUUUUACAUACAUUGUUGUAGCCAAAAUGUAAAACAUUAUAAAACUGUACAUUUCUUUGCUAUGGAUUGCUUCUUUUUGUAUACAAGAUACAGAAUAAUGGUUUUAAAAAGUGCAAUCAGGCAGUCAUCGGUCAUAUUGACCAUGCCUUCAUAAUUCAUCACACUGAAAUGGAAAUCAAGAACUUUUAAUUCAACUAGAAUUGUGUAAAUUUAGGAAACUCCUUUUUUUCCUGUCUGUUUUCGUUGGCAUGCUUGUGACACAUGGGACCUUUCUUUGGACCUGAUGGUAACAGCUGAUCUAGAUUUAAUUUCCAGCUCUGGUUAUGUUGUAUUUUAUUGAUGUAUAGAUCCAACGUGAAGACCCUUCAUAACAAAUUGUUCAUAUUAAGUAAUCAGUAUGGAUUUGAAACAAAAAAAAAGUGUUAUUUUAAAACUGAAACUUAUAGUACAAAAAUCAGGAGAAUACUCAAGUAUAAACUUGUCUCAGAGUUUAAGAAACAAGACAACAGCAUUGUAUGCAAUUUAGUACUUCUGAGUAAAAUGCAUGCACAAUGUUAUGCAAAACAAUUCUAGCAUGAAAUAAAUUUUGUAUCAUGGUUUCAGUGCCUGCUGUACAGUCUAAAGCAGAAUUAUUUUCUGAAGUGAUCAGGGGUUUCCAGAGACUUGCUUCUGAAAUCUUGAAUAAAUAUAUAGUGUUCCCAACAGAAAUGCUGGAGAGAAGCUUGGUACUGGUUUGAUUCUAAAACGGUAAUUUUGGUUAGUGGAUAACAAACGAAGCCUGCAAACACUUGAUACAACCAAUGUCUAACGUUUUCACAGCACUAGUAAAUAUUACUAGGGAAGAUAAAAUCUAGAAUUAUUUAGGUAUCUCUUCAUCUCCCCCGAAAUAAUAAAAGUUUGUCUGUUUAGUAGAUGAAGUGAAUUCAGUUUUUCUUACUUCUGUGAGUCUGUCUUAACUUGUUCUUCACUGAGCCCUAAUAAUCCACCAGCUCUGAAACUCUGCAUGAGGUCCAGAGCUAAAGCACUGCAGGUGCUUAGUUAUGUCUUAGCUGUCAGAUAUAAAGGGCACCAGCACG